GUUCUUAAGCUAUUUCUAGAGCAUGGUUUAGAAUAGUCAAUGGACAAUUUGAUUCUGAUCUUUAUAUCUUCAUGAAUUUUAAAAAGUACUUAAGAAAGCUGUUUGAUUUGUCAUUAUAAAAAGCAAUACUUAUUUUUAUAUUGCGUAUAUUCAAUCCUGUUUCCUUGCCUGGAGUGGGCCAUGCUUAGGAGUCCUUAUGAUCAUGGCAUUCCUGAGAACUUCUCUAACUGCAGCCUUGGGCAUGAAGGCUGGCCAGCAAGUGACACCAGCAGAAGUCUCCUAGAAGUCUCUUCUACCUGACUCUACUUGGCCUAAAGUCAGACUCCCCCCACCAAAGACAGAGUUUAUUUCCAUACAGAAUGAAAUUUAAAAUAUGUUCUGAGACAGAUGGGCUCGUGGCUCAAGAGAAUGCCCCAGAAAUACCACCCCUUCAUGGAAGUGACCCUUUCUAUCUUCAAAGCACAUAACCCAGCCUGGACAUCCCCGAAAGACACAUAACUUUCCAUUUCAUGACCUUGAAAGUGAAUCUCUCGGCCUAAUAAUGAGAACAAACUCAUUUUGAAAUUAGAAAAAUUGAGAUUCAGAGCAGAAGUUUGGCUGAGGUCACAAAACAGUAGGAUGCCUCCCUCAUCUUCCCUGUGCCCAGGUCAGAAAAGCAUCGCAGGAAUAGUUGGGCUCCCAGAACCAUCUGGCCAGGCACAAGCUAUGUGUCCCUGGGAAUGGGGCCCUGAAGGGUUGCUGCUUCAGAUGCCUGUGGUGAGUCAGGAAGGGGCUAGAGGAAGUUGACCAACUAGAGUGGUGAAACCUGUCCAUCACCUUCAACCUGGAGGGAGGCCAGGCUGGAGAAUGAUAUAAAGAGUGCCUUGACUCCUGCUCAGCUCAGCACUCCACCAGAGCCUCUGCCUCAGCCUUACUGUGAGUCUGACCCCUCUGUCUUUCAGGUUGACAGCAGCUUAUAAGAUGUCCCAACAACACACACUGCCAGUGACCCUCCCCCCUGCCCUCAGUCAGGAGCUCCUCAACACUGUUCCUCCUCCAAUCAAUACCCAGCAGGAGCAAAGGGAGCAGCCAGCUCCACUGCCUCCCCCGUGCCAGAAGGUGCCUGUCGAGCUCCCAGUGGAGGGCUCGUCAAAGCAUGAGGAAAAACACGUGGCUAUUGUAAAGGGAGUGCCUGAGCACGAAUGUGAGCAGCAGCAGCAAGCACAGGGGCAGGAACGGCAGCAACAGCACUGGGGGCAGGACAAGGAACAUCAGAAAGCAGGAAACCCUGAGCAACAGCUUAAGCAGGAGGAAGCACAAAGGGAGACGCAGCAGCUACAGGGACAGCUGGAAGAAGAGAAGAAGCUCUUGGACCAGCAACUGGAUCAAGAGCUAGCCAAGAGAGAUGAGCAACUGGGAACAAAGAAAAAGCAAUUGUUGGAGUUCCCAGAGCAGCAAGAGGGGCAGCUGAAGCACCUGGAGCAGCAGGAGAAGCCGUUGGAGCUCCCAGAGCAGCAGGAGGGGCAGCUGAAGCACCUGGAAGAGCAGAAAGGGCAGCUGAAGCACCUGGAGCACCAGGAGGGGCAACUGGAGCUCCCAGAGCAGGUGGAUCAGCCAAAGCACCUGGAACAGCUGGAGAAGCAACUAGAACACCCAGAGCAGCAGGAGGGGCAGCUGAAGCAGCAGGAGGAGGAGCAGGAGCAGUUGAAGCAUCUAGAGCAGCAGGAGGAACAGCUGAAGCAUCUGGAGCAGCAGGAGGGGCACCUAGAGCACCUGGAGCAGCAGGAGGGGGAGCUAAAGCAUCUGGAGCAGUGCAAGGGGCAGCUAGAGCACCUGGAGCAGCAGGAGGGGCAGCUGGAGCUCCCAGAGCAGCAGGUGGGGCAGUCAAAGCACCUGGAGCAGGAGGAGAAGCGGCUGGAACACCUGGAGCAGCAAGAGGGGCAGCUGAAACACCUGGGGAAGCAGGAGGCACAGCUGGAGCUCCCAGAGCAGGUGGGGCAGCCAAAGCACCUGGAGCAGCAGGAGAAGCAACUAGAGCACCCAGAGCAGCAGGAAGAGCAGCAGGAGGGGCAGCUGAAGGACCUGGAACAGCAGGAGAGACAGCUGGAGCAGCCUGUGUUUGCCCCAGCUCCAGGCCAGGCCCAAGACAUCCAACAAGCCCUGCCCUCAAAGAGUGAAGUGUUGCUUCCUGUAGACCAGCAGCAGCAGAAGCAGGAGGUGCAGUGGCAGCAAAAGUAACCACCUGCAGUGUCCAGAGGCCCUCAGAUCGUCUCACACAAGAGAAGAGAGAGCCACUGUUCCCAAUUAUUUCGGGUCCCCUAGGUGUCCCGUCUCAUCUGUGAACUUGACUCUGCCCCUCCACAUGUCUCUUUAACGGGGUGAGGGUGAGGGAGAGAGGGAAUUAUUAUCCAGUGCCACCCUCAAUGAGCCCAAUCCCAACCUCAGGUGAGCAGAGCCUCUACUUGAGGGACUGCUGUUACAAUAGGAAUCCCUACUUCCCCAGUACUGAAGCCGAAUCAGUGAGUGUGUACAAUGAUAUGUAAUAAAUCCUGGAAGUCUUGGGAUCCUCUA